AUGGGUUUGGGCAUUGCUACUUCGACAUUACAUAAACGUGUCAAAGAAGGUAUCCUUCGACGCCAUUUUAAUGCUAUCAAACCAGGUUUAAGUGAUGAGAAUAUGAGAGCUAGAUUGAAGUUCUGUUUGUCUAUGUUGGAAAAGGACUCUUUGGCUCAUGAACCAAAAUUUGUUGAUAUGUAUAAUAGUGUACAUAUUGACGAAAAAUGGUUUUACAUGACAAAGAAAACAGAGAAGUAUUAUGUGGUUCCCGAGGAAGAGGUGCCUCAUCGUACAUGUCAAAGUAAGAACCACAUUACGAAAGUUAUGUUUUUAGCGGCGAUGGCUCGACCAAGAUUUGACUAUGAAGGAAAUGAGACAUUUUCUGGAAAAAUAGGAAUAUUUCCUUUUGUCACCCUCCAACCAGCUCAAAGGCGAAGUAAAAACCGAGAAGCCGGAACUUUAGAGCGAAAAGCAUUAACCUCCGUCAAAAGAGAAGAUAUAAAAGCGUAUUUGAUUGAAAAGGUUAUUCCGAUAAUUCAUGAAAGAUGGCCAAUUGAAGAUCGGGAGAAUACUAUUUUCAUUCACCAAGACAAUGCUAGGACGCAUGUUGGAUGCGAUGAUAAAGUGUUUCAAGAAGCUGCGUCUAAAAACGGUUUUGAUAUACGUUAA